GCUAGUGAACGUGAGAGGGUUUCGCCGGAGCUUGCGGGAACUUCUUUCUGGCAGACGGAUAUCAAAACUGACUGGGAAGAUGCUGGCCUCCAAGCACACGCCAUGGAGGCGGCUUCAGGGCAUUUCGUUCGGGAUGUAUUCGGCCGAGGAGCUCAAGAAAUUAAGUGUUAAAUCCAUUACAAAUCCUCGCUAUGUGGACAGCCUGGGAAACCCUUCAGCAAAUGGCCUGUAUGAUUUGGCUUUGGGUCCGGCAGAUUCCAAAGAAGUGUGCUCUACCUGCGUGCAGGACUUCAACAACUGCUCGGGACACCUGGGCCACAUUGAGCUCCCGCUCACCGUGUACAACCCUCUCCUCUUCGAUAAACUCUACCUUCUGCUCCGAGGUUCCUGUUUAAGUUGCCACAUGCUGACUUGUCCUCGGGCUGCCAUUCACCUGUUGGUCUGCCAGCUUCGAGUCCUGGAAGUUGGAGCUCUACAAGCGGUCUAUGAGCUUGAAGGAAUUCUGAGCAGGUUUCUGGAAGAAACUGCUGAUCCUUCUGCCUUUGAAAUUCAAGAAGAGUUAGAAGAAUACACAAACAAAAUUCUACAGAACAACCUCUUGGGGUCCCAAGGUGCACAUGUGAAAAAUGUCUGUGAAAGCAGGAGCAAACUUGUUGCUCACUUCUGGAAGACGCAUAUGGCCGCUAAGCGAUGUCCGCACUGCAAGACCGGACGGUCAGUGGUUCGAAAGGAACACAACAGUAAGCUAACAAUUACCUACCCAGCCACGGUGCACAGAAAGUCUGGCCAGAAGGAUGCAGAGCCCCCAGAAGGAGUACCGGCAGCUCCAGGAAUUGAAGACGCUCUGCUGGGGAAGCGAGGGUACCUGACACCUAGCAGCGCCCAAGAGCAUCUUUUUGCCAUUUGGAAGAACGAAGGAUUCUUCCUGAAUUACCUUUUUUCGGGAUUGGAUGAUAUUGGCAUGGAGUCCAGUUUCAACCCUAGUAUGUUCUUUCUAGAUUUCAUAGUGGUGCCGCCUUCCAGAUAUCGCCCCGUCAACCGCCUGGGGGACCAGAUGUUUACUAACGGCCAGACCGUGAACUUGCAAGCUGUCAUGAAGGAUGCAGUUUUGAUCCGGAAACUUCUGGCGUUGAUGGCCCAAGAACAGAAGCUACCCUGUGAGGUGACAGAACUCACCACAGACAAGGAAAAUGAAUCUUCAGUUGUUAUCGACCGAUCCUUUUUAAGUAUGCUUCCAGGCCAAUCUCUCACAGAUAAGCUUUACAACAUUUGGAUUCGCCUUCAGAGCCACGUCAAUAUUGUGUUUGACAGUGAGAUGGACAAAUUAAUGUUGGAAAAGUACCCUGGCAUAAGACAGAUCCUUGAGAAGAAGGAAGGCCUGUUCCGGAAGCACAUGAUGGGAAAGCGAGUCGACUAUGCUGCCCGUUCGGUCAUUUGCCCAGAUAUGUACAUCAACACGAAUGAGAUUGGGAUUCCCUUGGUAUUUGCCACAAAACUGACCUACCCUCAGCCAGUUACCCCCUGGAACGUGCAGGAACUGAGACAAGCAGUCAUUAAUGGACCCAACGUGCACCCAGGAGCCUCCAUGGUCAUCAAUGAGGAUGGCAGUCGCACAGCCCUGAGCGCAGUAGAUGCUACACAGCGGGAAGCUGUGGCCAAACAGCUCUUGACACCAGCCACAGGCGCUCCUAAGCCCCAGGGGACAAAAAUUGUGUGCCGGCACGUGAAGAAUGGGGACAUUCUCCUACUGAACCGACAGCCUACCUUGCACAGACCCUCCAUCCAGGCCCACCGUGCCCACAUUCUGCCUGAAGAAAAGGUCCUACGCCUUCACUAUGCCAACUGCAAAGCCUAUAAUGCUGACUUUGAUGGAGACGAGAUGAACGCCCACUUCCCCCAGAGUGAGUUAGGCCGAGCUGAAGCCUAUGUCCUGGCCUGCACUGAUCAGCAGUAUCUUGUUCCCAAGGAUGGCCAGCCAUUGGCAGGACUGAUUCAAGAUCACAUGGUUUCAGGUGCAAACAUGACCAUUCGGGGAUGCUUUUUCACCCGGGAGCAGUACAUGGAGCUGGUGUACCGAGGGCUCACAGACAAAGUGGGACGUGUGAAGCUCUUUGCUCCUGCCAUCCUGAAGCCCUACCCACUGUGGACAGGAAAGCAGGUUGUGUCAACCCUGCUCAUAAACAUAAUCCCAGAGGACUACAUCCCCCUGAACUUAUCUGGAAAGGCAAAAAUUGGCAGUAAAGCCUGGGUGAAGGAAACUCCACGGCCUGUCCCUGACUUUGACCCUGACUCCAUGUGUGAGUCUCAGGUGAUCAUCAGGGAAGGGGAGCUGCUCUGUGGAGUGCUGGACAAGGCACACUACGGGAGCUCUGCCUAUGGCCUGGUCCACUGCUGCUAUGAGAUCUAUGGGGGUGAGACCAGCGGCAGGGUUCUCACCUGCCUAGCCCGCCUCUUCACUGCCUACCUGCAGCUCUAUAGAGGUUUCACCUUGGGUGUAGAAGACAUUUUGGUUAAGCCAGAUGCAGACAUGAAGAGACAGCGCAUCAUUGAAGAAUCCACCCAGUGUGGGCCCCGGGCUGUCAGAGCUGCAUUGAACCUGCCAGAAGCUGCAUCAUGUGAUGAGAUCCAAGGGAAAUGGCAGGAUGCCCAUCUGGGGAAAGACCAGAGGGAUUUUAAUAUGAUUGAUAUGAAGUUCAAGGAGGAAGUGAACCAUUACAGCAAUGAGAUCAACAAGGCAUGUAUGCCUUUCGGUUUGCACAGACAGUUCCCUGAGAACAACCUGCAGAUGAUGGUGCAGUCGGGAGCCAAAGGGUCAACCGUGAACACAAUGCAAAUCUCUUGCCUGCUGGGCCAGAUUGAGUUGGAAGGUCGGAGACCCCCUUUGAUGGCAUCUGGCAAGUCACUACCCUGCUUCGAGCCUUACGAGUUCACCCCCAGGGCUGGUGGCUUCGUCACUGGAAGGUUCCUUACUGGUAUCAGGCCUCCUGAGUUCUUCUUUCACUGCAUGGCGGGACGAGAAGGCCUGGUGGACACUGCUGUCAAAACCAGCCGAUCUGGCUAUCUCCAAAGGUGUAUCAUCAAGCACCUGGAAGGGCUGGUCAUCCAGUAUGAUCUGACAGUCCGUGAUAGCGACGGCAGCGUGGUACAGUUCCUAUAUGGGGAGGAUGGCCUGGACAUCCCCAAGACACAGUUCCUGCAGCCCAAGCAGUUCCCCUUCCUGGCCAGCAACUAUGAGGUGAUAAUGAAGUCCAAGCAUCUUCAGGAAGUUUUAUCCAGAGCAGAUCCCCAGAAAGUGCUCCGCCACUUCAAAGCCAUUAAGAAAUGGCAUAGCAAGCAUUCCAGUGCCCUGCUGCGAAGAGGCGCCUUCCUGAGUUUUUCCCAGAAGAUUCAGGCAGCUGUGAAAGCCUUGAACCUAAAGGGCAAGAACGAGAAUGGCCGCAGCCCAGAAACCCAGCAGAUGUUGCAGAUGUGGUAUGAACUAGAUGAGCAGAGCCGAUGGAAAUACCAGAAGAGGGCUGCUCCUUGUCCCGACCCUAGCCUGUCUGUGUGGCGCCCAGACAUCUACUUUGCGUCUGUGUCUGAAACAUUUGAAAAAAAAAUUGAUGACUACACUCAGGAGUGGGCAGCUCAAGCAGAGAGGAGUUACAAGAAAUCAGAGCUUUCUCUAGACAGCCUGAGAACCUUACUGCAGCUAAAGUGGCAGCGCUCCCUGUGUGACCCAGGCGAGGCUGUUGGCCUACUGGCUGCCCAGAGCAUCGGGGAGCCCUCCACACAGAUGACACUGAACACCUUCCACUUUGCAGGCAGAGGCGAGAUGAAUGUCACUCUGGGCAUUCCAAGACUGAGGGAGAUUCUCAUGGUGGCCAGUGCCAACAUCAAGACACCCAUGAUGAGUGUGCCUGUGUUCAACACCAAGAAAGCAUUGAAGAGAGUGAAGAGCCUAAAGAAGCAGCUCACCAGGGUGUGCCUGGGGGAGGUAUUGCAGAAAGUCGAUGUCCAAGAGUCCUUCCAUAUGGGAGAAAAACAGAACAAAUUCCGGAUGUAUGAGCUCCGGUUUCAGUUCCUGCCACAUGCAUAUUACCAGCAGGAGAAGUGCCUGAGACCUGAGGACAUCUUGCACUUCAUGGAAACCAGAUUCUUUAAACUACUAAUGGAAGCCAUCAAAAAGAAGAAUAGCAAAGCAUCGGCCUUCAGAAGUGUGAAUACUAGAAGGGCUACACAGAAGGACCUUGAUGACGCGGAGGACUCCGGGAAGAACCGGAGAGAGGAAGAAGGGGAUGAAGAGGAGGAGGGGAACAUUGUGGAUGCUGAAGCUGAGGAGGGCGAUGCAGAUGCUUCUGACACCAAACGCAAGGAGAAGCAAGAGGAGGAGGUUGACUAUGAGAGUGAGGAAGAAGGGGAGGAGGAAGUGGAGGAGGAGGAUGCCCAAGAGGAAGGGAACAUCAACAGUGAAGGUGCCCACCAGGCUCAUGAGCCAGGUGAGGAAGAGGGUUCAGGCCUGGAGGAGGAAUCAUCCCAGAAGCCUCCCCGCCGGCACUCCAGGCCUCAGGGAGCAGAGGCUGUGGAACGCAGGAUCCAGACUGUGCGGGAGGCCCACUCAUUCGUUGAGGACUACCAGUAUGACACAGAGGAGAGCCUAUGGUGCCAGGUAACUCUGAAGCUCCCACUGAUGAAGACUAAUUUUGACAUGAGCUCCUUGGUUAUGGCCUUGGCCCACAAUGCCAUUGUCUAUACAACCAAGGGAAUCACUCGGUGCCUCCUGAACGAAACAACCAACAGUAAGAAUGAGAAGGAGCUUGUGCUGAACACAGAGGGAAUCAACCUCCCCGAGCUGUUCAAGUACUCCGAGGUGCUGGACCUGCGCCGCCUCUACUCCAAUGACAUCCACGCCAUGGCCAACACUUACGGCAUCGAGGCUGCACUGAGGGUCAUUGAGAAGGAGAUUAAGGAUGUGUUUGCAGUGUAUGGCAUUGCAGUUGACCCUCGCCAUCUCUCCCUGGUCGCUGACUAUAUGUGUUUUGAGGGUGUUUAUAAGCCACUCAAUCGCUUUGGGAUCCAGUCAAGUUCCUCCCCUUUGCAGCAGAUGACAUUUGAAACCAGCUUCCAGUUUCUCAAACAGGCAACCAUGAUGGGAUCCCAUGAUGAACUGAAAUCACCUUCAGCCUGUCUCGUGGUGGGGAAAGUCGUCAAAGGCGGGACAGGCCUGUUCGAGCUCAAGCAGCCCCUAAGAUAGCAGCAUUGUCUGCCUAGCCCGGAGGACCUGAGGGUGGGCACAGCUGGCCAUUCAGAGUGACAUAGCAGACCUUGGGCUCCAGAAAGCAGCUUGGGCCAGCUUCACUUUUCUGCUCCCAUCUCGGGUUCAGUAACAAGGCUGCCCAAGCCCUCAGGAUGACCAUGGCUUUACCUGUGCUCCAGGAGGCCUCGGCCAAAUCCCUGACGAAUGCCCAGGACUUCACAGCAAAAAUGCCACUGUGAGCCAUUGCUGUUGGCAGUCCCAGGUGCCACCGGUGAGAACCAUUGCCAGUGGCUGAGAAAGCAUCCCUGGGGCCUCCUGAAGAGCCUGAAAGGACAUGAAAUGGCUUCCCCUCCCUGCCCUCUUUGGUGCAGCCUCCAGAGGAGAGUACUCAAAGAGUCUCCACCCAGGCCAAAGACAAAGUGACGCAAGGCCCUGCCUGGUCCUGUUGGCAUUGCUGUAUGACUGCAUGCACCAGAGCAGACUAGCCCCACAGCCAGGACAUCUCCGGGACCCCAGCAGUUCUCUACCUCACAGAAAGCCCCAGGGGUCCCUCUGGGGCUAUUUAGCAAGUAGCCUGGCCUUCCUGCCUCUGCUCCUAGCUUCAUGUCAAAGCCUGCAGUCACCCACGGGCUCUGUACUGUGAGGUCUUUGAGGCAUGCGAUAAGGUGUCCUGACUAGGACGAAAGGGCAGAGGCUUUGUUCGACCAUGGCCGAUUCUAUUUUUGUCCACUGUUGUUCCAGCAUGGUCUGAGUAAUAAACAUAGCCAGGACUGGCUGUUGGGAGAGA